CAUGGCUGAAAACGAAGCAGUUGACGAACCCCCUGUGGCUGAAAACGAGCCGACUGAGGAGGGUGACCAUCCGUCUGCCGAUGUGGGGCAUGGAGAUGAGGACACCGGAGGCGGGGGGGAGAGGAAGGUCGACGAGGAGGCUGGGGGGGACGAGGGAGCCGAUGAAGGCAGCCCGGAAGGAGCAGAAGCUGAAGGUCUGGCUGGUGAAGAGGCCCGUGAAGAACCGCCUGUAGUUGGGGAGGAGACCGGUGCGGAUCAGGAGGGCGAGGCUGAGGGGAAGGCUGAGGGAGAGGCCGAGGGGGAGGCUGAGGGUGAGGCUGAGGGUGGGGCCGAUGAGACCAAGGAGGACACGACACACCAAGAGCAGGACCAGGGCCAGAAGCAACCUGCCGCCGACCAAGAGGAGGUACCCUGUCGCCCCUCCCCACACAUGAUGAUGAUCCAUCUCUCUAUCUCUGUUGUCUCCUGAACAGGCGCCCCCAGAACCAGAGCAUCAUGCAGACAAGCCGGCGGCUGAUGAGGCACAUGGUGAGCAGCCCGCGGAGCGUGGCGAGGCCGAGAUUGAAGACCGACAGCCUGGGGACCAUGCGGAAGCGCCCCAGUCGCCGGAGGCGCAGGAUAAGACAGUCCACCAAGACAAGCAUGAGGCGAAGGCUGCUGUCAUGGGCAAGGUGGGCCAUGGCGUGACCGACAAACCACAGCUGCAACAGCCAACCGUAGACAAGAAAAAGGUCAGGACGGAAGGAGGAGCCCGACACAAUGACAAUUCCAGUCUCGUUGUAUCUCUUUGCAACCCUCCCAUGAUGCAGCAGCCCGAGAAGCAGCCCGUGCAGCAGUCGGCCAAGGAGGCCAGUGGUGCGACGGCGGAGAGGGGCAAGAUGGAUAGGACCGACACCGACGACCGCAUGGACGAGGUGGCCGAGCCGCUCGAGGGCUUCAGCGGCCCAUCACUCAAGCUCCGCACAACCGUCAUCCACAGCAUCCAGCAGUACAGCGAGAUCAUUUCCAAGACACGCAACCAACUCGACAUACAGCUCAUCAUGUAUGUGGCCGAAGGGAAGACAUACGUGGGAUGCACUGUAUCCCUCAUCUGUUUUGCCCGCGCCUUGUUUAGGCCAAUUCUGCGGACUUUGGAGGUCCAGUUGCGAGCCAUCGAGGCGGGCGCUCAGGCACAGGACACCCAUACUGGCAAGCUGCACAGAAACACUCGCUAAAUCGAUGGCUCCAUAUGUUUUGUUGGGUCAGAAUUCCGUCGUAAGGAGCACCACCGCCCUGCUGUUGGCAUAGAGGGCGCGGCCAUGAUCAGUGGGCGGCAGCUCAAAGCCUUGCAAGAGAUUUUCCUCUUCUACUCCAGACAACAGGUACACUCACACACAUACAGAGGGAGAGAGACAAGGGUAUCUAUCCGUGGGUAUGGCUGACUGCCAUGUGCGUACAUUGCAGGGUCACAAGGAUGCAGUUGGUGCCAACUUCAGGGUGCAGGGCACCUUUGACGUCAUAGCGCGCCAAACGACAUCACUCAGCCUCUCGGAGUUCAUCAAGCUGCUCAAGGUCAGACAGACACCGCAAGCCAGCCAGCCUUCCAUACAUGCACAACAGCAUGUGUGUGUGGUGCAUGUCAGGACUUCGCUUUGUAUGAGACGGUGCUCAACAAAGAGGAGGCCACGGGGGCGUUCCACAGCGCAUCCAAGGGCAACAAAUACCUCGACUUCCAACAGUUCAAGGUAGGUGGAUGCGUAUCCAUAUCCGCCGUCGGCUCUCGGCCCUCACGCACACAUGGCUGUUUUUGUCUCUUCUCUCGUACACAGGCGUGUCUGUUGAAGUGUGCGAGUGUCGGCUUCACCAGGCCCCCACACAACAUCCCACCCAACGGUCGGUGACGAGACAUCAACCAAACACGCCAACACUACCUGCUCGCCAUGUCAUGCCUCAAUCUCUCCGGUGUUCCUUCAUGCAGAUGAGGCCAAGGUACGCCUCCGCCUCUUCAAAUGGAUGGACGUGAAUGACCCUGACUCCUACCGGUCGGUAUGCACGUGGCUGGCUGGCUGGCUGCCAAGCUGGCUGCUCGCCUUCAUCAUCCGUAUGUGUCUCCUUAUCCGUCCGUCUGUCUGUGCAAUGCAGUGCCAAGAUGAGGCCAUUCGGUCAGGCGUUCGGCGGCGUGGGCCCCAGCAGAUCGCCGAAAUACGCCCCAGCUGCGGGCUUCUCUCCUGGCAAAGCGCCUUUCGUGUAGGCCAACACCACACACACACAUCUCCCUGUGUGUGUGUGUGUGCAUGAGACGUAUGUAUGUAUGCAGCCAUUCGAGUGCGUCAAUGCCCGGCCCGCCUUCGUUUUUGUCGCGCGAGGCCAACAAAGCUCACAGCCAGAGCCCCACAGCAGGUAGCUAGCUCAUGACAAUGGGACAUCCUGCCAACGAACCACGUGGCAAAUUAAUAGGUUUGUGACCCCUUCCUUUGUGUGUCGUGUGGUUCCUCCCUCCCUCCCUCCUUUCCGUUCCUCCGUUUCUUCCUUGCUGUUAGGUGGUCGUAAGUUGCUGCGUCCUUUGAGCCACAAGCUCUACGACAACAGCCCGCUCCAACUCGAACACGACGACCCCAUACGGUCAGUGGAUGGCAUGUGACGCUGAGCAAACACACACCGCAUCCACAUGACAUGACACUCCCCUAUUCCAUUCCUCGUUUCAUGCAUUCGUUCAUGGAUCAGUGGCACUCCGUUGACUGAUGGUGGCGCCGGUGCCCCCCGCCGUGUGCUCAAGAAAAAGCAGCAGCAGCGCCCCCGGCAGGACAUGAGCCUCCCCCCGGCUGCACGAGACCCAGCCGCGUAUGCGCAGAACCGCCGGCAGUCAGAUGAGUACGGCUAUGGCGGCUCGGGCGAGGAGGGGGAGACCGGCCGACAUGGACAGCAGCAGUACCACCACCAUAACCAUGACGAAAUGGCGACCAAUGAGGAGAUUCAGUCGAUGUUCAGCCCCCCGGCAUCCACUGUGCAAGGUGACUCCUGAGACACCCACCACACGGAGCCAGCCAGCCAGCCAUCCAUGGAUGCAUCUAUGUGUGUCGUUCCCGUAUCCAUACUGAAUCCAGGCGGCCAUCAGCACCCAGGCUACAGCCAGGAGGAACAACGCGUAAGAGACACACGUGACACGAUAUGAUCUGUCUCUGACGGCUGGAUUGUGUCUGUCUUUGUCCCUACGCAGGCUUUGCAGAUGAUGGAUCGUCAGGCGGAAAGAAACGACGCCAUUGCUGCCAAGUAUAAGGCGUGAUCGAGACACGCAUGCCUCCGUAUUGUAUUGUUGCCCCUAUAAUUGUAUCCACCCACCCACACACUCAUACACACAUUCCGGCCCGGCUGACUGAUG